AGCAGGCACGGGAGGAUGGAGAGUGGAGGGAAGGCAUGACCAGUUGGCCAGUACUAGAGGAGGAGCGGAGAGGGCUAGUGAGCGAAAGGGGGUGUAGGGAGACACGAAGGUAGGAGCGGGCAGUGUGGUGAAGAAAGCGGUAGGGUAGCCAGUGGAGGGUGCGACGCAGAGGGGUCGGGAGGUUGGGAGAAUACAAGACGAGUAGGAGAAUUUCUUAAUGAGCUGAAGGGUGCGGGUAGCCGAAGCAGGGAGACCAGUCACUAAGGACAGAGUUACAGCAGUCGAAUCUGGAGAGUACAAGAGCUUGGGCCAUUUGAGUGGAAUAAGCAGGGAACCGUCCACGCCAGGAAACUUGGAACGAACGGUUAUAGAGAUAGGAGGGAACCCAGGCAAGAGCAGUGACUGAGAUCACGAAAAAGGUGGAAACCAUGGGAAGAAACGCGAAGAUGCCGCCCGGAAUAUUUCCAUGCAACCAGGAAGUUUACUGGAGCGAGUAUCUGGAUUGCCUUUGGUUCAUGAAAAAAGCGAUUUGACAGUUAAUGGAUCAACAACAGAUGAACUGCUUUCAAAGUCUCCAAACAGCCUGGAACCACACCACCUGGAGAUGCUGUUUUCUUUGCUGCAGACAAAUCCUGAUCCUUCUGCAAGAAUACAGGUUUUAGUCACUUUAGGUAACAGUGCUGCCUUCUCAGUUAAUCAGGACUAUAUUCGUAAAAUGGGUGGCCUUCAGAUCAUUGGAAACUUGUUGUCUGAUCCUGCUUUUGAUGUCAGAGUUCAGGCUUUGAAUGCCCUGAACAACCUAAGCAUGAAUGCCACAAACCAAGAACAAUUAAAGGUGUAUGUAAGGCAAGUUUUGGGGAUCAUAGAGACGUCACAUUUGAACUCUGACCUACAGCUGGCGGGACUGAGAAUGCUAACAAACAUGUCUGUCACAAAUAAUUACCAAUACGUGAUGAAGAGUUCCAUUACUCUGUUUCUGUCUCUACUGGUUGUUGGCAAUGUAAUAUUACAGAUACAAGUUCUAAAAAUACUUAUGAAUUUAUCUGCUAAUCCAGACAUGGUGGAAGACAUUCUCCUAUCCCCAGCACCAGUCUCCCUGGUUUUGUUGUUCGACAGCUGCACCAACACAGAAGUUCUUCUUCGUGUGCUGACCUUUGUGGGGAAUUUAAAAGACUGGACAACUUCCACCCACAUAACUGAGAUUCUCAAACAUAACAAAGAUUCUCUCUACUCUGUGCUGUAUGGAGAUUCUUCUGAGCUCCAUCAGAAACUCCCAUUGUUACUGUCACACACUGAUGGAGAGGUGAAAAGCCAGGUGGCAAAGAUUAUGACCUAAGUAUUGUGAUAGUAAUGGUACAAUCAUUGCCUUCACACAGUGCCAGACUAGAAAUGUUUUUUUUUUCUUAAAACUGUAUCCACUAGGAAGAGUUGUUUUUUUUCAAAAGGGCACUUAAUGUGCAUAUUAAUCAUGUUUUUUUUAUUUUUUUUUUAUCUAUUUAACAUGUAUAUGUAGUAAAUAUUGUUGGCAGUUGGCAAGCUAAGGUUUCAGGUUAACAAGGUGGCAAAAUGAAAAUUCAUGAAUGGUGUUGUCUUGACAUUAAGUUUUUUUUGGUUGCUGUAUGUGAUUGGGACAGCUCCAAGGUCUCAUCAUUCCCAUGGACUGCCAUUUGUGACAUUGUGUUAGAGAUUAUCAAACUAAAAUAACUCACUUUUAACUGUUUAUUCAAGGACAGAUAUUCUUCCCUGUAAUAUAUUUUCCUGUCAUAUAGGGAUAUAAAAUGAAUUACUGAUAAAAUGAGUACUAUCCA